CUCUUGUGGAAGUCGAUCCAAUUGGUGGAAAGAGAGCCCACCCGCAGGAGGCGCCAGACCCGCGGGUAGCUGUCGCAACAGACACGCCAUCGACAGUGAUAGUGGCAAGAACGAUGCGUCUUCAGGACGUUCAUUCUUGAUCUUGGCCUGCUGCAACAGCAGAAGCAUGUGCACCUUCGUGUCCAGCAUGUGUGUGUGUGUCUCUUUAUCCUGAAGUUGAAGUAGCCUCUUCAAUUGGCUGAAAUAGGAACACAAGAUGCUGUGAUUGGUGGAUAUUUUGCCGAUCUGGAGUGAUGGUCAUCCGACAAAUUUAUUGUUACAUGGCGAAACGGAAGCAAGCUUGGCGCGACAAGUACGCGCGGUCCUUGGGUCUGCAGGCCUCAGAGCGCGACGAGGCGGAUGAGGUGAUCGUGGUCGCGUGCCGCUUCUGCGUUGCCUUCGGGCGAGAGCCGCCGCCUGAGAAUACGCCCCGUGUGGGUCAAAGGAAGUCGCGGAAGCGCUCGACCAACGUAGCCAAGUGGGCAAAACCAUUCCGACCGGAUAACAUCCGGUCGCACCUCGUGAAGCAACACACGCGCAAGUGGGGAGAAUACAGCGAGUUGUUGCGGCAACUGAACAACCCGGAGGAACGCGUAGGUGCUCAGCGACAACUCAACGCAUUUUUCGACCAGGAAGAGGCUCCAGUGCAAGUGGUUCCAGUGCAAGCGGCUGAAGUGCCGGGUAGUGACGAGCCGACUGAACGGUUGGUUAGGAGAAAGAGGCGCAGACAUGGACAAGUUGAAGCGUCUGAAGUUGCUCCGGCUGAAUUCAUUGCUACUGCAACUGACCAUCAGAUGCCUGUUGCUAUUGCCCAGCCUACAACUCGUUUGGCUAAUAGCGACUACAAUGAAGAUACUAGAGGCGUAGAAGCUACUGGUGGGGAACAGCCAAUACUACUAGAAGAGAUCAUGACUCCUGAGAUAGUGGAGACGCUGGUGGAUGGAUUGUACGUUGAAGACCAUGACGAUGGCAGAGCUGGAACCAAAGAUUUGGAAAUGAUGAAACGAGUGCUGCAGGAUCAGAAUGAUACGGUGAGAAACCAGCAGAUACAGACGAUGAGCAACCGAACGGAGAAGUUUGUGAUCAACGUGAUGAACAAGGAAGAGCUGGCUAGUGUCCAGCGCCUAAUUGGCAUUGGACUCACGUUUACUCAGACGGUGAAGACUCUCACGUCUUCUAAGCUCAGAAUCUCUGCAACUACUGUGCACAGCUACGCACGAAUCUCCACGGCUGUUUCAUUGCAGAUGCUUAGCACUGUCAUGCGACGAAGCUGGAUCUGUUCGAUAGCCUUACACGUUCUUCGCUGCCCAAAGGACACAUCGUGCGGUGGCGGUGAGCGAAAUCCAGUCUUGCAACUUCGUGUGCAUCUCCCAUGGUCUCGUGGGACUGAUGUGGCUGAUUUGCAUGUGAUGGCACUACCCUUGCCGAAUUUUGAGAGAUCCCCGGAACAGGUACUUGCCUUUAUCGAGCAAGUCUUAAAUAUUUUGGACCCGGAGUGGAGAUCCAAACUACUUGGCGGCUGUGUGAAUGGAGCCGCAAACGAAAUGGGUACGCAUUCCUCGCUACUACUACAGAACAUCAUGCAGCAAGCGACAAGCUCGUCCCUGUACCGUAUACGGCGUCCAGCGCAGGUUAUUGACGCGUACCUGCGCAGUGCGUUGCUAGGUCUUAGUGAGGGAAGGUACCAGGAAUUAAUGGCGAGUGAUAUCCUAGAGAACGGAAGUUUUCCCCAAGAGCUCGCGAGGCUUGCUGUAUUUUUGCGCGGAUAUGAACCGUGGACCCGUGUUCAUGGUCGGUGCCCACAAUUCGAUGAAGAGUGCCCGUGGUCGACCAUGAAUGCGUUGGUAUGGAUAUUGGCACGCCGGCACCACUUACAAGGCGUUUUUGAAGGUCACCCUUACGCACAACUGCCGUCGCCGAGUUUUUGGUUAUUCGCUUCGGUUCUUGUCGACAUCCUGUCGGAGUUUAAAGAAGCAGUCAGCAAUCUGGAGAGGUUUCCAUUGCCGUCCCGUGCCGAGUCUGAGCGUAUUUUAGAGCUUUGUGUGAAUGAAUUCGCUAAGAAGUCCAGAAUUUCUCGCAACAAUGGCAACGGAACCGUACUAGACCAUGGAGUUUGCUUGGAAGGAGACAUGUUUCGUGUCGGACAGUUUUGCUGGUCGCGAAGAUCGGGAUUGAUUCCCUACUUGCGCUCAUUAAACCUGUCAAUGCGUCGAUUAUACGAUGGACUACCCGCCAGUGAUAAGCACAACGUUGAGUGGAUAGUAGCGGGGUUUAUUUUGACUUGCCUCGGUUCUGUGGUAGGAAUCUCAGAGUCCAACCUGCUCGAGGCCUCCAGUUCUACGGUGUCGAAUGGCACGAUUGGCUCAAAGACCGUAAUGAAUGACCCGCCUCCUACGCUACCGUUGGAUUUCGUAGCCAUUGAACGGAUGGCCGCAGUAGAUCUGAUUGAGCGCUACAGCGACCGACUGGAACAAGCCUAUGAUCUCGCUUUUUUGGACAACAUUAGUGGGGAUAUUGAGUGGCUAAAAGCCAGGAUAGCCGAUAACCCUUCGCUGCGUUUCGAGCUUGAGCAUGCUCAGAGUAAAUCUUUCCGGACCGCCUGGGAUUGUGUUCCAGAUCUAAACGAGUUGCGAGUAUUUGCUGCAGGCUUGUCAACUGCACUCCCUCGGACUGAUAGUGGAUCAAGUAUCGGUCUCGACGAUGAGGCUAUCAAUGCAGUGGCAAUCGCACUGCAGCAACGCACUGAAGAUCAAUACCGUGUGAAUCUUGGUGACUUCUCCGUUGAAGCGCGCCUCCACAUGGAGCAAGCCCACACUCUGAAGGAACUGUUCUCGGAGCAGUAAGUAACGUUGAGUAGUUUCCUGGAGCGUAGGUAUUGCUUUCGUUUUUGGAGAAAAAAAAAGAAACAGAAUCACUCGAAACACAAAAUUUUAUCUUUAUAAACAGGGCUUAGGAGAUAAAUGUCUAUUUUUCAAAUCACGCCUCUGGCUUUUUCCAGGUCACACUC